AAAAAUGAAGAAAGCUUUCUUUGACCACUGUCUCUAACAACUCACUCAUUACUUCACACUUCACACUUCACACUCUCUUCACUCAUCAAUCAUCGUCAUCACCACACUCUCCUUUCCUCACUUACAUUCAACAACACCAAAAAACCGUUGCUAUUUCCCUCUCUUCAGAUCUUCAUCUUCUUCACCUUCAUUCAUUCAUUCAUUCAAAUCCCCACCAAAGUUCCAUCAAUAAAGACCACAUUUUGCAACAACACAGACACACCCUUUUCCUUUUCCUUUUUAAAAGUGAGGAGCUUCUUCUGUUACUACCAUGGCUGAAGGUGUUAGUGAAGCAAACAAUACUAAAGCGUCGCCAUCGCCAUUGCCACCAGAAGCAGAGAAGAAGAAAGAACAAAGCCUACCAUUUUUCAAGCUCUUCUCAUUUGCAGACAAGUAUGACUACAUGCUCAUGAUCUCUGGAACCAUCGGCGCCAUUGUUCAUGGCUCCUCCAUGCCCGUUUUCUUCCUCCUCUUCGGUCAAAUGGUCAACGGUUUUGGUAAGAACCAAAUGGACCUUAACAAGAUGACUCAGGAAGUCUCAAAGUAUGCUCUUUACUUUGUGUACCUUGGCCUUGUGGUUUGCAUAUCAUCAUAUGCAGAAAUUUCAUGCUGGAUGUAUAGUGGGGAGAGGCAAGUGAGUACACUAAGGAAGAAGUAUUUGGAAGCAGUGCUUAAACAAGACGUAGGUUUCUUUGAUACAGAUGCAAGAACAGGGGAUAUUGUUUUCAGUGUCUCAACGGACACACUUCUUGUUCAAGAUGCCAUCAGUGAGAAGGUUGGGAACUUCAUACAUUAUCUUUCAACUUUUCUGGCUGGACUUGUGGUUGGUUUUGUGUCAGCAUGGAGGCUAGCACUUCUAAGUGUUGCCGUGAUUCCCGGCAUCGCUUUCGCUGGCGGCUUGUAUGCUUACACUCUUACCGGCCUUACAUCCAAGAGUCGCGAAUCCUAUGCCAAUGCAGGCAUCAUUGCCGAACAGGCCAUUGCGCAAGUUCGAACCGUUUACUCUUACGUUGGGGAGAGCAAGGCGCUGAACUCUUAUUCAGAUGCAAUACAGAACACUCUGAAGCUUGGAUACAAAGCAGGAAUGGCGAAAGGAUUAGGCCUCGGAUGCACCUAUGGAAUAGCUUGCAUGUCAUGGGCACUAGUCUUUUGGUACGCCGGCGUUUUCAUCCGAAAUGGACAGACCGACGGAGGCAAGGCGUUCACGGCUAUAUUCUCGGCCAUUGUUGGUGGAAUGAGUUUGGGACAGUCUUUUUCGAAUUUAGGCGCCUUUAGUAAAGGCAAAGCGGCCGGAUACAAGUUAAUGGAGAUCAUCAAGCAGAAACCAACAAUUGUGGAGGAUCCUUUGGAAGGCAAGUGUUUGGGAGAGGUUAAUGGAAACAUUGAAUUCAAGGAUGUUGGUUUUAGCUAUCCCUCGCGGCCGGAUGUCAUGAUCUUUCGCAAUUUCUCAAUCUUUUUCCCGGCCGGGAAAACGGUGGCGGUUGUAGGUGGUAGUGGAUCAGGAAAGAGUACAGUUGUUUCCUUGAUUGAAAGGUUCUAUGAUCCAAAUGAAGGUCAAGUUCUGCUUGAUAAUGUGGACAUCAAGACACUGCAACUAAAAUGGUUGCGCGAUCAAAUCGGAUUGGUGAAUCAAGAACCUGCGCUGUUCGCAACCACCAUUCUUGAGAACAUACUCUAUGGAAAACCUGAUGCAACAAUGGCUGAAGUGGAAGCAGCAGCUUCUGCUGCAAAUGCUCAUAGCUUUAUUACCUUGCUUCCCAACGGCUAUAACACUCAGGUGGGAGAACGAGGAGUGCAAUUAUCCGGAGGCCAAAAGCAGAGAAUUGCAAUUGCAAGAGCAAUGUUGAAGAAUCCAAAGAUUCUGCUUUUGGAUGAGGCAACAAGUGCUCUAGAUGCGGGAUCAGAGAGCAUUGUUCAAGAGGCACUAGACAGGCUCAUGGUGGGAAGAACAACCGUGGUUGUAGCGCAUCGUCUUUCGACCAUAAGAAACGUUGAUACCAUCGCCGUGAUCCAGCAAGGACAAGUGGUGGAGACAGGAACACACGAGGAACUCAUUGCCAAGGCAGGAACCUAUGCAUCACUAAUUAGGUUCCAAGAAAUGGUUGGAAAUAGGGACUUCUCCAACCCCUCAACUCGCCGGACACGAUCCUCCCGCCUCAGCCAUUCCCUCUCUACAAAGUCCUUAAGCCUCCGGUCCGGAAGCUUAAGGAACUUGAGCUACCAAUACAGCACCGGAGCCGACGGCCGCAUAGAAAUGAUAUCCAAUGCCGAGACGGAUAAGAAGAAUCCGGCCCCGGACGGAUACUUUCUCCGGCUGCUCAAGAUGAAUGCCCCCGAAUGGCCUUACUCAAUCAUGGGAGCCGUUGGUUCUGUUCUCUCCGGAUUCAUUGGGCCAACAUUUGCAAUUGUGAUGAGUAACAUGAUUGAAGUCUUUUACUAUAGAAACUAUGCAUCCAUGGAGAAGAAAACCAAGGAGUAUGUGUUUAUAUACAUUGGAGCUGGACUCUAUGCAGUUGGUGCAUAUUUGAUUCAACAUUACUUUUUCAGUAUCAUGGGUGAGAACCUCACCACUAGGGUUAGAAGAAUGAUGCUUGCAGCUAUAUUGAGGAAUGAAGUAGGAUGGUUCGAUGAGGAGGAACACAACUCAAGCCUGGUGGCAGCAAGGCUUGCAACGGAUGCAGCUGAUGUCAAGUCUGCCAUUGCUGAGAGGAUUUCUGUCAUUUUACAGAACAUGACUUCCCUCCUCACUUCUUUCAUUGUUGCUUUCAUUGUUGAAUGGAGGGUUUCUCUUCUCAUUCUUGCUACCUUCCCUCUCCUUGUCCUAGCUAAUUUCGCUCAGCAACUUUCCCUAAAAGGUUUUGCUGGAGACACAGCGAAGGCGCAUGCAAAAACAAGUAUGAUUGCUGGAGAAGGAGUGAGCAAUAUCCGAACCGUUGCAGCAUUCAAUGCACAGAACAAGAUGUUAUCGGUCUUCUGCCACGAGCUGCGAGUGCCGCAGAUGCGAAGCCUUCGCCGGAGCCAGAGCUCCGGCAUCUUGUUCGGCCUCUCGCAGCUCGCGCUUUAUGCCUCCGAGGCUCUCAUUCUAUGGUACGGUGCACAUUUGGUCAGCAAAGGAGUUUCAACCUUCUCCAAGGUCAUUAAGGUCUUUGUGGUCCUUGUCAUAACGGCCAAUUCGGUUGCAGAGACAGUUAGCCUCGCCCCAGAGAUAAUUCGGGGCGGGGAAGCAGUUGGCUCUGUUUUCUCCAUCCUCGACCGGCACACCAGGAUUGAUCCAGACGAUCCUGAUGCUGAUCCGGUCGAGUCAAUUCGUGGAGAAAUCGAGCUUAGACAUGUUGAUUUCGCAUACCCUUCGAGGCCAGAUGUGAUGGUUUUCAAGGAUCUGAACCUCAGAAUUAGGGCAGGCCAAAGCCAAGCCCUCGUCGGAGCGAGUGGAUCGGGGAAGAGUUCGGUCAUCGCCCUUAUCGAGCGGUUCUACGAUCCCAUAGCCGGGAAAGUCAUGGUGGACGGAAAAGACAUAAGGAAGCUUAACUUGAAAUCCUUGAGGCUCAAGAUCGGUUUGGUCCAACAAGAACCGGCAUUGUUUGCCGCCUCGAUAUUUGAAAACAUUGCUUAUGGAAAGGAGGGCGUGACGGAAUCCGAGGUGAUUGAGGCAGCUAGAGCUGCCAACGUGCACGCCUUUGUUAGUAGCCUGCCCGAGGGCUACAAAACACCCGUUGGCGAACGGGGCGUGCAGCUCUCGGGUGGGCAGAAACAAAGGAUUGCAAUUGCUAGGGCUGUCCUUAAGGACCCUACAAUAUUGCUUCUUGAUGAAGCAACAAGUGCACUUGAUGCUGAGUCAGAAUGUGUGCUACAAGAGGCAUUGGAGAGGCUCAUGAGGGGGAGGACCACGGUGCUCGUGGCGCACCGGUUGUCCACCAUAAGAGGGGUUGAUUGCAUUGGUGUGGUCCAAGAUGGGCGCAUUGUGGAACAAGGUAGCCAUUCUGAGCUUAUAAGCAGGCCUGAGGGUGCAUAUUCUAGACUCUUGCAACUACAACAUCAUCACAUUUGAGGGACACAAAUGUAAAACAUUUUAGUUUGUUUUUAAUAUAAGGCCUUGUUUGGUUGAGAUCAUUAUGUUUGGCCUCCCAUUAACCUCAUGCUUUGAUUUUUUCUUUUUUUCCUUUUUUUCUUUUUAGAUGUAGAUAUAUGCUACAUGAGGUUUGUACCUUGAGGACAAAAAGUACUCUGUUUCCAAUGGAGUAGCUAGUAUUAUUAAAUUAAUCAAAUAUCAAUGGUCCAUAACU